CAUCACAGGCGACGAAGUCAUACCUCCCCGUCCGCCAAAACCUGCAAACAUCCGGAUCCGUCCUGUAGCCAGCGGUUAUGACGUGCCUCCGCCGCCUUCACAGCAACCGCGGAUGCCACAGCAAGACUCGUAUGAUGUGCCACGUUCGGCUGGAGGAAUGCGCGAUGGCUACAGCAUUCCUCCAUGCCCAGUGCCUGUGCUACGGCAUGAGCCUUACGAUGUCCCUGCGGCACCGUCUAGGGGACCGUACGAGCUGUAUGACCUGCCAAGGUCGGCGGAGCCGCUGCCUAGAACGGCAUCUGGCGGCAUCCCGCUUCCUCCCCGCCUCUCGCUGGAUGAGACAUACGACUUUCCAAAGUCUGCUCUAAGUCCUGAUGGCCUGAAUCUGUCAGUACCAGCACCAGCAGCGCCAGGUUCGAGGAAACAUGCUUACCACAAUGCUCCUGUAGGGACCUUCAAUAGCAGGGAAAACAUCUUCAACUACGAGUACAGGCCAUCAUUCACAGAAUUUGUGGCGAAAGACGAUGGAGAUGCACAGCAGGCACCACCUGGUACCUAUGCCAAUCUGUCGUCAAAUAGUCCAAGUACACCCAACCUUGCCGCUGUGCCACCUGCCAUCAACCGUGGUCUCAAACCACGAAAAGCAUCCACUGAAGGUACUUCACCAGGUGGCCACGUGUUUCCCCUGGCUCCUCCUCCAGUUAACAGAAACCGCAGCCACACUUCCUCAGGCAGGCAAAGGCAGAGAAGUAAGGGUGACCUGCUAGCACCUGACGAAGACUGUUGGUCAAAUGCAAGCAGUAGCCGGCGAAACUCCACAAAUGAUGACCCGGGCAUAAGGCAACCCAGUGCAGGUGCAAAGAAGAAAGGAGAGAUCCAGUACCUCGACUUGGACUUGGAUUCUGACCCUGCACCAGCACAGAGCCCAAGAUCUCCAGAGCAGCGCACCGGCGGUACUGGCACCUGUUUACAGAACAGUCGACUUUGUCAAGACCAAGGCCUUCAACACAACACGGCAGGACGUUGAAGAGUCCUAUCGCAGUCACAAAGAUGGCGAACCAUGCAAGUGAAGAGCUAUGUUGAAAUGCAUUUGUCAGGAUGAAUUGGGGGCCGUUCCAAUCAAAGGUUAUAAGUACCGGACGGAGCAGGCUGAAAAUGCGCCACAAUAUUCAAAGAACAAGCACGUCUGAAUCUAAUACUGACACAUGACAGACAUUGCAGGCAAUGGGGUGUGCCAUAAUAAUUCUAAGUAUAGUUCGUUAUAAGCGCAUUGUGGUUUGGUGUCGUGCCCCACUCGUUUCCUACUCAUUUUUUUGUGUGUUUUAGUCGCAUUUUAUAGUUCAUCGUCAAAGCAGGGGUUGUUUUAAUGCAAAUCAUGUUUCGCUGACAGAAUCCUUGCUUGCCUUCUUGGUCGGCUGCAUUUUGCUCCUUACAGGUUGGAGUGCACUGAUCUUUGCAUAAUACUUAUUUGCAUAUCUGAUCAAACGCUCGAUCUCUUUUAUUCAGUAAUAAUGUGUUGUGACUGUUGGGAAGGGCUGUGACUGUUCGCCCUGUAAUAGAAUGCAUUUCAUGUUGAGCGUAGAGAAGAAAAAAAAUUGUUUUGUUUGGCUUCUGCGUACUUUAUUCUUCUUUAGAAGUUGAAACGCCAUGUCUAUAGCAGAGCCUUUGUGAGUACGCUCAACUCUACAAACUUACCAAGUUUGUUUAUAUUUAUUUGAAAGUUUUCCUGCAUGUUUAUACAUAUAUUACAAAUGCCAUCAGCUGCUGUAAAGCAGCUUGUAAAUAAUAUGACAUCUGUUUGAGCAAUUGUACAGCCGUUUUCUUCUUCAAACCUGCAAGGGUGGUUUUGUCAAGUCGGAUAUCUUUUACGUUUGACUACGUUGUCGUUUCCAGUGAGAACGCAUUUAGCAUCUUCAUUCUCGUGCCAGCUUCAUGUGAUACUUGCAACCAUGUUCAUUGUGAGCAGCAUGGCAUCGACCACUGAUGUCUUGCUUGUGGUGUUUGUGAAUAUCCUGGGACGUGCCUUAAAACGACGGUGGAACUUGAAAGUUCGAUACAAUAAUUAUGUGGUUGCUUGAGCGCGGUUUAGCACUUGUUGACAGCACUUAAGAAAUAUUUAUAUGGAUACAAGGAGUGCCCUAAAAGUACCUGGAAGCAGGCUGCCCCACCUUGACUGGUCAGAGGUUUGCUGCACUGCAUACCACAGGGGGUGCCUCUAAUAAGUGGAAUGAGCUUUGGGGAAGUUUUUGUUGGUGGAAACAACAAAGUUAAUACACAUUCUCUGAUUGCGCAGUGAUGCUUCUGAAGGAUGUCUGUGAGUGUAGGGCUUGUUCACAGCUCGUGAAACAUGAAGUAUGAAUGUGGUAAGCGCUAACAGGGCAAGGGUAAGCCACAGGUCCUAGCUUAAGCUUUUAGUGGUUGAACUGAUUCAGGGCGAAAGUGACGUCUGUGGAGGGAGGCAAAUAUUUUAAACACCUUUCAGCAGAGACACUUAAUGCAGACACGGCAGGAGUUGGCGAGAGGGCUCGUGAGCGUUACUGUUUAGCUUUUUUUCUAGCUUGCUCUUGCCAUGCGCCACCUGUCAUGGAACUUUCAUCACUGAAUUGGGAAUUGCACCAUAAUCGUAACAAAACUUAAACACCGUCUCUCGAUUACGAAGGAAAAAGUGCAAUUUCAGUUGUGCAUGUAAUCGUGUGUGCAUGCAGUGUAGGCAUCUCGUGUAAGACAUAGCGAUGCAGUAUUAAUGUAUUACUGCAAGAGCAUACAAUUAGAAGGAAAGGAAGGCUAUUGUCCUCAUUAUUAUACUAAAAGGAAGGCUGAAGCUUUCAGACUAUGGUCAUAGUAGGGGCACCUUAGAAGGGAGGACAAGCAUUUUUCCAGGUACUUCAGGGUGACUCCUUGGCAUAGUUUUAAUAAAUGCAGAGAUUAUCUUUCUGCAGGAGUAUUUUAUUUCUGACAAAAAUUCACUGGAACUUGUGCAUUCAAUGCUCGUGUUUCAAACAAGGUUCAUUUGGCUUGUGGCAUUUCAUACCUCAUGGCUGUGGUACCUUGAAUAGUGUACAAAAGCUCUAACUGCACUUUUUGAAAGAACCGCAGUUGCUAUAUUUACUUACAGCUUUUUAUAAUGUUCCUGUUACUGUCGUGUCCCUACAGAGCCCCCUCACAUGUGGAAAUAUAUACACUACCGUUUGGUCGGAUGUUUGUACAAACUAUGAACAAAUGUUUUUUAGGAUGUAGUAAUAAAGAUUUGAUUAUCACUACC